AUGCCACACAAAACUUCUACUCCGCCGGCCGGAGCGACGAAUGCCCCGUCCUUGGGGUUUCACGGCCAUAUCGACUCCCCAAAGGAAGACGAAGUACACGAGAAUGAGUGGUACCGCCAAUUCCAUCCCGACUAUAGUGUUGCUGAAACUCCUCUGCACACGCCUUCUGGUGUGCACAUCAUCAUCGUCGGAGCCGGCGCCGCCGGGCUGAACAUCGCCUACAAGGCUGCGCGCCAAUUCGCACCCGGGGAAGUGACAUUCUCCAUCUACGAGAAGAACGAAGACGUGGGCGGGACAUGGCUUGAAAACCGCUAUCCCGGCUGCGCAUGCGAUAUCCCGUCUCACGCCUAUCAGUGGACAUACGCCCCGAAACCCGACUGGAGCUCCUAUUACGCUGGUAGCGAGGAGAUCUGGCAGUAUAUCAAGACCUGGGCAGUGGAGAACGACCUUCUCGAAAAAGUCAAAUUCGGCCAUAAAGUCACCCGGGCGGAAUGGGACGAAGACGAGGGGAUCUGGAAGGUGCAAGGCGUCGACCGAGACGGCAAGCCAUUCACGGACGAGGGCAGCGUGCUGGCGAGCUGCCAUGGGCUUCUGAACACCUGGAAAUACCCAGACAUUCCAGGGAUCAAAACGUUCCGGGGCAAAUUGAUGCACAGCGCCAGCUGGGACCAAGAGUACGAUCUCGAAGGCAAAACCGUGGCCGUGGUCGGAGGAGGCUCCUCGGCGGUCCAGAUCGUUCCGGCAAUCCAGCCCAAAGUCAAGAAACUGAUCCCAUACCUACGGUCGCCCAUCUGGAUUACAGCGGGAUUUGGGUCCAAAUAUGCUGCGCCUGGCGGCGGCAACUUUCAAUACUCGCAGGAGCAGAAAGACGGGUUCAGAAAGGACGCCGCACACCACCGGCAAUACUGCCGCGAGCUGGAAGGGGAACUUAACAAGCGAUUCCUUCUGAUGCACCUCCACAGCGACGACCAGAAAGUCUCUCGAGACUUCGUGGCGGACAGCAUGCGCACACAACUGGGCAACGACCCGCGCCUGUCGACGCACUUGAUCCCCCAGUACGCCCUGGGCUGUCGACGCAUGACGCCCGGGUCCGACUAUCUGUCCUCCCUGCGCCGGCCCAACGUCGAAGUGAUGAUCGACUCGGUCGUCGGCGUGACGGAAGACAGUGUCGUCGACGCCAGUGGCAGAGAAACGAAAGUCGACGUCAUCGUCUUCGCCACGGGCUUCGAUGUGACGAGGCCACCGUACGAGAUCAUCGGUCGGAAUGGCCGCAAUCUCGGCGAGGAAUGGGCCGAGUUUCCCAAGGGAUAUCUCUCUAUCAUGGCCGAAGGGUUCCCCAACAUGUUUUAUUAUAUCGGACCCAACGGUCCCGCGUCUCAUGGCUCGAUCCUCCCCAUCGUCGAAUGGCAUACGCGCUGGAUGUUCAAAGUGAUCUCGCACAUGCAGCGGACAUCUAUCAAAGCGCUGGCUCCGUCGCGGAGAGCCGUCGACGACUUGCAGAUCCAUACCCACGAGCUGCUGAAGAGGACGGCAUGGUCGUCGGCGUGCAGCAGCUGGUUUAAGAAUGGCAAAAAGCACGGUCCUGUGACCGCCAUCUGGCCCGGUAGCCGACUGCAUUAUUUCGAGGUCAUGAAGGAGCCGCGGUUCGAGGACUUUGACAUCGAGUACUUUGGCAAUCGCUUCGCGUACAUGGGCAACGGCUUCACCAGCACCGAGCUGUCGGAGAAUGGGACGGCGGUCUGGUACUUUGAUAUCCUUGAACGGGAACAAGCGAAAGGCACGACGGCCUUUUGGGAUAUCGAGGCUUGA